AUGAGGUUCCCGUUCGCUUUAUUGGGUCUUGCCACCCAAAUACCCCUACAACCCCCCUCCCAACCCACGCCGCACACAAUGACCACCCCAAACCAGCGGGAUUUUGCGUUUAAAGAAGGACCGGACACGUUCUCGCCAAAGGAUCUUGUUGGCUUAGGACGACCCGGCACUGCCGUUGCGAACGUUGCGGGCGAUCUUGCGAUAAUUCCAUUUAGCAAGUACUCCUUCGAGGAAAAGAAAAAUAAGCAUUCCGUGUUCGUUGUAGCCUUGGAGUCACCCGACGUGAAGCCUUUCGAAAUUCAUGUACGUCUCUUAGACAAUGUCGGGUUAACGAGACCACUCACUGUGCGACAGCUUGAGAAGACUGGCGACGUCUUCUGGAUUGAUUCCCGUACAAUCGCCAACGUUGUCGCUGGAGACGAACAUUCCGAAAUUUACGCCGUCGAAAUACAAUACGAUGUUGCCAGCAUUGAAACCGUCGGCUCUUCCAAACUCAUUGGCAAGCUUCCCACUACGACCGCGACCAAUUUCCGCUUCAACGCCAAGUCCUCCCGUCUCGUAUUCUCCGACAAAGUUUACGCAAAUGGAAAUUUAUCGACGGUCAAUGAGCAAGACAAGGCAUGGGAGGAGCGGGGAAAUACUGCAUACGUGUAUGAUACAACUUAUGUUCGUCACUGGGACACCUGGCAAGGAUUGAAACGCCCGCAGCUCUUCAGCACCCGCUUGUCGCUAGACCCGGACCGCAACUGGCAUCUUGGUGAACACUUCAACGCUCUUUUAAAGGACACAAAACACUAUUCCCCAGUUGAACCAUUUGGUGGCCUGGAUGACUUCGAUGUAUCGGAGACAUAUAUUGUGUACACCACAAAAGAUCCUGAACUGCCAGAAGCGUGGCACACGAAGCAAAAUGUCUACAUUGUCGAUGUCGGGGGAAAUUCACGGCCCAGAGAGCUCACCUCUGGUAAACAGGGCGCCACACACAGCCCAGUCUUCAACACGGCUGGAACCAAGGUCGCCUGGUUAGAAAUGGACAAGGACGGAUAUGAGAGCGAUAGGUCGAAAAUCGUUAUCUACGAUCUUGUGAAGGAUGUGAGGUUUACUCUCACUCAGGAUUGGGAUCGCUCGCCCGACGCUCUGGCUUUCAACAAAGAUGACAAUUUCAUUUAUUUCACAGCUGGUGACCAUGCAAAAGUUAAAGUGUUUGCCCUCCCUGUGCCACCUACACCUCAUCAAUCUACGACGCACCCCAUUUUGGAUACCAAAUACACCGCACCAGUGGGGCUCACCCACCACCAUGCUGCUUCCGGUAUCCAAACGCUGUUCAACAACCGGAUCUUGUUCACGCAGUCAUCCUUCACCUCCCCGAACGAUGCUUUUAUCAUUGGAAACCUCGACCAAGUGGAAGCUGCUAUUGCAGAAGGCAAUACCGCUGCUACUGCUGGAAUCAAACCUGACAGGCUCACGCAUUUUGCGAAAGAAGCGUUAGAAGGGAAGGACCUAAGCGAGGGUGAAGAAAUCUGGUUCAAAGGCGCUCUUGGCAAGGAUGUGCAAGCGUGGAUAUUGAAACCAAAGGGGUGGAAGGCUGGCGAAAGGAAGAAGUGGCCCGUCGUUUUUGUGAUUCACGGAGGGCCUCAAAGUGCCUGGGAAGACCAAUGGUCUAAUCGCUGGAACCCAAAUGUUUUUGCUCAACAGGGAUACUUCGUCAUUUUGCCCAAUCCAACUGGUAGCACUACGUUUGGCCAGGAAUUCACGGAUGGUAUUGCGGAGGACUGGGGAGGCAAACCCUUCGUUGACAUGAUUGCUGGCUGGAAGUAUGCACUUGAGAAGUUCCCUGAGAUCGAUCCAGACCGGGCUGUUGCUGCUGGCGCAAGCUGGGGUGGAUAUGCUAUCAACUGGAUCCAAGGUCAUCCUGAAUUUGGUUUUGGCUUCAAGGCUCUCGUUUGUCACGAUGGCGUUUUCGACUCCAACUACAAUGGGUACUCCACUGACGAGCUGUUCUUCUUCAACCACGAAUGGGGAGGAAGGCCAUGGGAACCAAAAAGCAAGAAGCUUUCAGAACUGUAUAGCCCGGCGAACUACGUCAACAAAUGGUCGACACCGCAACUCCUCAUCCAUGGGAGCAAGGAUUAUCGUUUACCAGAAACAGAGAGUAUUGGCGCAUACCAUGCUUUGAAACAGUUGGGAGUUCCAAGUAGACUUGUCAUCUUCCCUGAUGAGAAUCAUUGGGUGCUCAACCACGGAAACAGCCUCAAAUGGCAUUACGAAGUUUUUCGAUGGUUCGACCAAUUCGUUGGUGACCAUCUUGAGACGGCAUAG